GAACCCAGCAGAGAAGAGGAGGAGGAGGAGAAGGAGGAGGAGGAAGGAGCAGAACAUCCUGCAGAAGCUGACACGUGCUGUACCGGAGGGCGCGCCGAAGCGGAAAACGUCAGUCAUGGGAACAAAAGGAUUCCUAAAGACCCGGAGACCUGUGACAUCCCGUUCUACGUGUCUGAAUUUGUGGAAAGGAAAGUUGGGACGGAUUACGAUUCAUUAAGCAAGCUUGGCGAGCUGAUUGAGCAGUUGUCAAAAAACCAGAUGAAAUUAGAAGAACAGGUUCUCACCGUUUCAUCGGAAGUCCCCAAAAGGAUCCAGAAGGCCUUGCAGAACGCCGAAGAUUCGAAGAAAUCUUUCCAUGAGCUUCUGGAGAGCGAGAGGGUUUUGAACGAUGCGGUGAACGGCCACCUGUUGACCUCCAGCCCUUGGAUGGAGGAGUUUGCUGCCCUGAUAAGCCAAAUAAAAGAAGUCGAGAGACACCUCGCUUACUUAAAACAGAUUUCACAAGUAGAAGAAUUAAGUGACAACAUCCAGCAGUAUCUAAUGACCAACAACGUGCCCGAGGCUGCUACGGCCUUGGCGUCCAUGGCUGAAUUAGAUAUCAAGCUUCAAGACUCUUCCUGCUCACAUCUCUUGACUUUUAUAAGGUCUACUAUUCAAUUCUGGCACAAGAUCCUGAAAGACAAAUUAUCCAGUGAUUUCGAAGAGACGCUGACGCAGCUGCAUUGGCCAUUUAUUGGACCAGCACAGUCCCAAGCGUUGGGCCUGGCUCCCUCCUCACCGAACGCCGCAGAAAUAUACAGUAACUUUGAGACCCUGUUUUCUCAACUCCUCAAACUGCAGACAUCGGACGAACUAUUAACCAAGCCGAAGCAACUGCCGGAAAAAUACCUCCUUCCAUCAACUCCACCUGUGAUACUACCUAUGCAGAUCAUGCUGGCUCCCCUUCAGAAAAGAUUCAAGUACCAUUUCACGGGGAAUCGGCAAACCAACGUCCUGAGCAAGCCCGAGUGGUAUCUUACCCAAGUAUUGAUGUGGAUUGGGAACCACGUGUCGUUUCUCGAAGACAAAGUUCAGCCCAUCCUGGACAAAGCAGGCACUUCCGUGAACGCAAGGCUGGAGUUUUCCCGGGCUUUGGUCAUGCUCAUCCUGGAGAAGCUGGACGCCGAGAUCCCUUGCAUGUUGUACGACGACAACCUCUUCUGCCACCUGGUGGACGAGAUCCUCCUGUUUGAAAGGGAGCUGCACGGUCUUCGUGGCUACCUCAUCACUCUCCCCAGCUGCAUGCACAUUUUAUCGGAAGAAACCUACUUUCAGAGAUGGUUGACGGUAGAGAGAAAAUUUGCUCUUCAGAAGAUGGACUCCAUGCUGUCAUCGGAAGCUGCUUGGGUAUCCCAGUACAAGGACAUCACUGAUGUAGAUGAAAUGAAGGUCCCAGACUGUGCAGAGACUUUUAUGACUCUCCUCCUGGUGAUCACCGACAGGUACAAGCAUCUUCCCACAGCGGCUCGGAAACUGCGCUUCCUCGAAUUGCAGAAAGAGCUGGUGGACGACUUUCGGAUCCGGCUCACUCAGGUCAUGAAGGAAGAAACCAGAACGCCUCUCGCCUUCCGCUACUGUGCGAUCCUGAACGCCGUCAACUACAUAGCGACGGUGCUAGCAGACUGGGCCGACAACGUCUUUUUUUUACAGCUGCAGCAGGCGGCCCUGGAAAUGUGCGCCGAAAGCGACGGGCUGAGCAUGCUGCAGUUAGGGCAGCUGGCUUCCCUGGAAAGCUCUGUGUUCGAUGACAUGAUCAACCUCCUGGAACGGCUGAAGCACGACAUGCUCAGCCGCCAAGUCGACCACGUCUCCAAAGAGGUUAAAGAGGUGGCCAAGAUCUACAAAAGGGAAAGGUGGCUCUCCUUGCCUUCCCAGGCUGAACAAGCGGUGAUGUCCUUGUCCAGCACUGCCUGCCCUUUACUCCUGGCCUUGAGAGACCGGCUCCUUCAGUUGGAGCAGCAGCUCUGCUACUCCUUGUUCAAAACCUUCUGGCAGAUGCUCGCCGAGCAAGUUGACUUGUUCAUCUAUCAGGAGGUCAUUCUGGCCAAUCAUUUCAACGAAGGGGGAGCGGCCCAACUCCAGUUCGAUAUGACUCGGAAUCUUUUCCCUUUAUUCUCCCAUUACUGCAAGCGGCCGGAGAAUUAUUUCAAACACAUCAAGGAGGCCUGUAUUGUGCUGAACUUAAACAUCGGUUCCGCCCUGCUGUUGAGGGACGUGCUACAGUCGGCUCCGGAAACCAGAACUGGAAUCAACUUUCCUUCAAAUCAACCCACCGCUGUGGCAGCGUUAAAUGAACUUGGGAUUUAUAAGUUAGCUCCAAAGGAUGUUGAGAUUCUCCUUAAUUUGAGGACAAAUUGGCCUAAUACGGGCAAAUAAUCAAGGCAAACAGAACGGAGAGACACUCAUCGCUGUUACAUUAUUUAGAAAUGACCCUAUGUUCUCAUGUGAUGCCGAGUAAACUGCCUUAGAAAGAAAAACAUGCAUUAAAAAACAGCUGAAAACUAAACCGCGAUACAUCACGGCUUCAAAGAAACAUUUAUAGUUUGAUGGUCUGGUUACUGUAUUGGCUGUUACUCUCAGUUCUGGAGAGAGACACCUUUCAUUUUCUCAGUUGACUGUGCCAAUCAGGUGAAAAAACUCUUUUAAAUGGAGAAAUUAUUCUAACAUAUGCUCCAUAUGAUAGAAAUAGUCAUCUUAGAGGAACACACUGGAUUAUUUUAAAAAUUCCUGGGAUAGACCUGUUUAUUGCCUCCUCUGAUGCUCAGAUUAAUCUCGCUUAGCUGGAUUGGAGUGUCUUCAGAACCUUUUGUGUUACCAAGAUUGUGGUCUGAGAGAUAUUACACGGGGGCUAAAACGAGCAGAAUCAUUCUUGCCUUUUUGAAUGAACCGUGUGUCGACAAAAAGCACAAAAGGGACAAACAAUUUUGCAUGCCAUUCCGUGGCAAAUUUUACUUCCUUUGGCUCCUAACGUUAGCAUAUUUCUAAUCCAGAUAAGAUGAAGGCUUUGCAGAAAUUUGCCAGUGUGCAGUUCUUGAAACGUACUCUACAAUUAUAGAAAAUAUAUGUGAUUAGUCUCCUUUUGAUGAGAAAGUUGGAGUCAUAAUCUUCCGUCAAUGUGUAAACUAGUCAUAAUGUCAUUUUUUUUUCUGAUGGAAAAAUUUACAUUGAAUCAAUCUCCCUGAAAUAAAAAGACCGCUAAAAUCUUAGUGUUGGCUAACACUCCCAGUAUUUAUUUAGCAAAUUCAGUAGGAUAACAGUUUUGAAGAUUUUUCAAAUAUGGGAAAAGGAGAUGUUUUGUACCUGUGUUCAGUGAUGACGUAAUUAGUACAAGUGAAGACCGUGAUAUAUAUAUAAAUGAAAUUGCUAGCUUUUUUUCCCCAGAAAGUACAAAAUAGAUAUAUAAAAUAUUCCAGGUGAGAAUAUUCAG